AUGUGGGAAGAGGGUAGUCAGAAUCAAAAGUUAAGGAUCGACGCAAUGCUGAGAGCACUGAAAUGUGCACAACGGAGCAGAUGCAUCCCGAUUAAACUACAAACGAGAUUAGCAAGUGAUCUUCCUCAUGACGCAUUCGCAGUUAUAGUUGGUGGAGGUGUGCCCGGUACAUCACUUGCAUACCACUUAGCGAAGCGCAAUAUAAAGGAGGUUGUAGUGCUUGAGAGACAAACCAUUACUUCGGGACGACAAUUGCCCUAUAGAAUCUAUCGAAAAAUCUAUUUUCAGCCGGGGCUGGUUAUUUCGGGACAUCCUGCACAUAGGUAUAAGCCAAUCUUAGCCUAUUCCGUGGACUUGUACAGCCGAAUUGGUAACGAAACUGGCGUGGAUGUUUCAUUCAGUCGGCCCGGGACCAUACAACUGGCAACAAAACAGAGUGUGAUGGAUGAAUUCCGUCGUUAUACCGCACGCGAUUAUUUUCAAAAGGGUGACGUGUGCAAGACAACACUGAUUAGUGCAGAUGAAGUGAAGAAAUUAGCACCAAUCGUUGAUACAACAAAAGUAUUGGGUGCGUUAUAUACAAGUGGUGAUGGUUUCAUUGAUGUGCAAGCAUUAACAAUGGCGUUAGCUAGAGGGGCUCAAAAUGGUGGUGCAAAAAUAGUGGAGCAAUGUGCGUCAUUCAAGCUUAUCGCACAGGAGAAUGGUGAAUGGAUUGUGCAGCUCGAAGACGGACGUGAGAUCAAAACGAUGAAUAUUGUUAAUGCUGCUGGUAUAUGGACAAAUGAAGUUGCCAAAUUAACUGCUUAUGAAACAGCGCUGGUUGAUAUUGAAACUCAGUAUGCGUGGAUCGGACCGCUGCCCGAGGUAGGCAAAUUGGAAAACUUACCAUCAAUAAUCGACCAUGAUAGUACGUUUUAUGUUCGUCAAACUGGUGAUAAACUUUAUUUCGGUGCUUUUGACUCACAAUCGAUGGUGAGAGAUGACUGGACAGUGAAUAUGCCAAAAGAGGCCAAAGUGGAACCUCAUUUUGAGCGUAUUGACGGUGCACACAAGAUAGCAUGUGAGUUGAUACCAAGUCUGAAAGGAGCAGCAGUUGAACCGUUUGCAUAUGCGGUUGCAAUGACACCCGAUGGAUAUCCACUGAUUGGGCCGAUUGAUUGGAAGCAGAAUUAUUGGUUGCAAACUGGUUAUACAGAUGGUGUCUCAGGUGGUGGUGGCACUGGAAAAUAUUUGGCAGACUGGAUGGUUGAUGGUGAACCACCGUCUGAACUAUUCGAUGCAGACCCAAAUAGAUUCGACCGUUGGUCAAAUCGUAAAUUCAUCGCUGAGAAAAGUCGGGAAACAAUUUCAAUGUACUACAACUGGUCAAAUACGAACCGACCGGCCGGUCGACCAACUGAACGCGUUAGCGGUAUCUACGCUCGUCUUGUCAAGGAGGGCGCUUCGUUCUUCUUCAGAAACGGAUGGGAAGUAGCGCAAUGGUUUGCAUUACCCAACGAAACGACUCUACAAACAAUGAUCCGAGAAUAUCAGACUGCCACCACCAAAUGCACAAUUGUUGAUGUGACAUGGCGAGGAAAAAUUGAGGUGCGUGGACCUGAUUCGAUAGCGUUUUUGGACCAGAUAAUGACGAACGCAGUACCUGAACUUGGCUCAAUAACUUCGAGUCUUAUGUUAACACGCAAAGGGCAUAUUCUCGCUCCAUUUACAAUUUUCCAUCACGACCAGUACAAGACAAACUUCAUUCUGCUUACUGAUCCUGAGCGUGAGUCGCGUGAUUUGUAUUGGCUAAAGAAAGCAGCUGCGGAUCUUAAAAUGAACGUUCAAAUUACUGCUGUUGGUGAAUAUUUAGCAUCUUUGGCACUUGUUGGACCAGAAAGUCGUAAUCUUUUGCAAGGACUCACCAAAUCGGACAUAUCUUCCAAAGGUUUUGCGCAUCGUUCUACAAGGUUGCUACGCUUAGAUAAUGUUCCUGCGAUCGUUGCUCGAACUUCGACUCUUACAGGACAACUUUCAUUUGAACUCUUUCAUAAUAGGUGGCAGUUGAUUAUCUUCUGGACAAGCUGUUAUAAACAUCAUGAGACUGGAGCAUGGAUUCAAACUCUGGGGAAGGGAGCACAAUAUUUUAAGGUUGGAAGAUUUCAGCUAACACUUGACACGAAUCCAUUCGAAUGUGGACUGAGUCACUUGAUUGAUCUCAACAAGAAAGAUUUCAUCGGGAAGACAUCUGCGGUGGAAUUGUCGCAGAAAAAAUGGAAUCGAAAAUUGGCAAUGCUGGUAGGUGACCCGUUAAAAGAAGGUCAAGACUGGGAGAGCGUACCGAAAGGAAAGGAAGUCGUGAGAAAACAAGGAGCCGAAGAGCGAAUAGGUCAGAUCACAUCAGGUACAUUCAGUGUUCAGCUGCAUCGUCCUCUUGCCUAUGCUUGGGUAAAUACUGAUGUCUCAACCGAUGAUGCUGUUAGUUUACUGACCGACUUUUUGUCGUUUUUAUACCUCACUCGCUCGUUAUCGCUUAGCAUCUUCACGCAACCAAACAAUGUAAUUUUCACCUAG